ACCGGCGGCGGCUGAGGGGGAGGGGGAGGCUGGGCGCUGUCACUGGAGCGAGGCGCGCGCGCUCACACCCAGGUUCUGAGCUGUGAACCUGAGCGGCCCGCCGGCGCGGACCGAGGCGUGUCGCUCCGGCUGUCACCUUCUGUAGGCGGCCUCUUGUAGACGCACCUGAAAUGCAGAACACGGCCCACUAAAGCACUGCCAGGCACAGCUACAGCGCUUAGCAGCUCAUCCCCUUAAUCUCUGCGCCCCCUCAUUCAGGCAGACCAUCAAAGAGGACCCAAGACUCCAAAAAUGUUUCCUCUGAAAGAUGCUGAGAUGGGCGCCUUUACCUUCUUUGCCUCCGCUCUUCCACAUGAUGUUUGUGGAAGCAACGGACUUCCUCUCACACCGAAUUCCAUCAAAAUUUUAGGUCGCUUUCAAAUCCUUAAGACCAUCACCCAUCCCAGACUGUGCCAAUAUGUGGAUAUUUCUAGGGGAAAGCAUGAAAGACUGGUGGUGGUGGCAGAACACUGUGAGCGGAGUUUGGAAGACCUUCUACGAGAAAGGAAACCCGUGAGUUAUUCAACAGUUUUGUGCAUAGCAUAUGAGGUACUUGAGGGCUUGCAGUACUUGAACAAGCAUGGCAUAGUACACCGGGCCUUGUCUCCUCAUAAUAUCCUGUUGGAUCGGAAGGGCCAUAUUAAACUGGCUAAAUUUGGACUUUAUCACAUGACAGCCCAUGGUGAUGAUGUUGAUUUCCCUAUAGGGUAUCCCUCUUAUCUGGCACCUGAGGUAAUUGCACAAGGAAUUAUCAAAACUACGGAUCAUGUACCAAGUGAAAAACCUUUGCCUUCUGGCCCCAAGACAGAUGUAUGGUCUCUUGGGAUAAUUUUAUUUGAGCUUUGUGUGGGGAGAAAAUUAUUUCAGAGCUUGGAUAUUUCUGAAAGACUAAAAUUUUUGCUCACUUUGGGCUGUGUAGAUGAUGCUCUGACAGUUCUGGCGGAGGAGCACGGCUGUCUGGACAUUAUCAAGGAGCUUCCUGAAAAUGUGAUAAAUAUUUUGAAGAAGUGCCUCACCUUCCAUCCUUCUAAGAGGCCAACCCCGGACGAGUUAAUGAAGGACCAGGUGUUCAGUGAAGUGUCACAUUUAUAUACCCCCUUUAUCAAACCUGCCAGUCUGUUCUCAUCUUCUCUGAGAUGCGCUGAUUUAACUCUGCCUGAAGAUAUCAGUGACUUGUGUAAAGAUAUAGACAGUGAUUACCUGGCUGAGAGAUCUAUUGAGGAAGUUUACUACCUUUGGUGUUUGGCUGGAGGGGACCUGGAAAAGGAGCUUAUCAACAAGGAAAUUAUUCGAUCCAAACCACCUAUCUGCACACUCCCGAAUUUUCUCUUUGAAGAUGGAGAAAGUUUCGGACAAGGUCGAGAUAGAAGCUCACUUUUAGAUGAUACCACUGUCACAUUGUCUUUGUGCCAGCUAAGAAACAGAUUAAAAGACGUUGGUGGAGAAGCGUUCUACCCACUGCUUGAAGACGACCAGUCAAAUUUGCCACAUUCAAACAGCAAUAGCGAGUUGUCUGCAGCUGCUGCCCUGCCUCUAAUCAUCAGAGAGAGGGAUACAGAAUACCAACUGAACAGAAUUAUUCUUUUUGACAGGCUGUUGAAGGCUUACCCAUACAAAAAAAAUCAAAUCUGGAAAGAAGCCAGAGUUGACAUCCCCCCACUUAUGAGGGGUUUAACCUGGGCUGCUCUUCUGGGAGUUGAGGGAGCUAUUCAUGCGAAGUAUGAUGCCAUUGAUAAAGACACUCCGAUUCCCACAGACAGACAAAUUGAAGUGGAUAUCCCUCGCUGUCAUCAGUAUGACGAGCUGCUAUCGUCACCAGAAGGCCAUGCAAAGUUCCGGCGCGUACUGAAAGCUUGGGUAGUUUCUCACCCUGAUCUUGUGUACUGGCAAGGUCUUGACUCACUCUGUGCUCCAUUCCUGUAUCUAAAUUUCAACAAUGAAGCCUUGGCGUAUGCAUGCAUGUCUGCUUUUAUUCCCAAAUACCUGUAUAACUUCUUCUUGAAAGACAACUCACAUGUAAUACAAGAGUACCUGACCGUGUUCUCCCAGAUGAUUGCCUUCCAUGAUCCAGAGCUGAGUAAUCACCUCAAUGAGAUUGGCUUCAUUCCCGAUCUCUACGCCAUCCCUUGGUUUCUCACUAUGUUUACUCAUGUAUUUCCACUGCACAAAAUCUUCCACCUCUGGGAUACAUUACUGCUUGGAAAUUCCUCUUUCCCAUUCUGCAUUGGAGUAGCCAUCCUCCAGCAGCUGCGGGACCGUCUUUUGGCCAAUGGCUUCAAUGAAUGCAUCCUUCUCUUCUCUGACUUACCAGAAAUUGACAUUGAACGUUGUGUACGCGAGUCGGUGAAUCUGUUUUGCUGGACUCCUAAGAGUGCUACAUACAGACAGUAUGCUCAGCCUCCAAAGCCGGCCUCUGAGAGUAGUGCAGUGCGAAGCUCAGCGCCUUACUUCUCUGCUGAGUGUACAGAUCCUCCAAAGUCAGACCUGUCAAGAGAAUCCAUCCCUUUAAGUGACCUGAAAUCAGAAGUGUCACCCCGGAUUUCAGCAGAGGACCUGAUCGAUCUGUGUGAGCUCACAGUGACAGGCCACUUCAAAACCCCCACCAAGAAAACCAAGUCCAGUAAACCAAAGCUCCUGGUGGUUGACAUCCGAAACACUGAGGACUUCCUUCGAGGUCACAUUGCAGGCAGCAUCAACAUCCCAUUCAGCGCAGCUUUCACGGCAGAAGGAGAGCUCAGCCAGGGCCCUUACACCACCAUGCUGCACAGCUUCAAGGGGAAGGUCAUUGUGGUUGUGGGGCACGUGGCUAAGCAAACAGCUGAGUUUGCAGCUCACCUGGUGAAGAUGAAAUACCCAAGAGUCUGCAUUCUAGAUGGCGGCAUUAACAAGAUCAGGCCCACAGGCCUCCUCACGGUCCCCUCUCCUCAGAUAUGAAGGACCAAAUGCAUGGCUGACAAGACAGAGUGUCAUCGCCCCUCACAGCCCGUCACACUGAGACACAAGUGGACCUCAGACUACUGUAUUGUGAAGUUUUGUCAUGAGAUAAUUUUAUAAAUCGUGACUCAAAUGGUCGCCUAUCUAGGCAAGAAAUUUGAUUGUUCAUGUAUUGCUGAAAGAAUUUUCUUAAUUGUGAAAUCUGAUCAUGCCACAUAAUCCACACUGCCACAUAAAGCCAGAGGGAUUCAGCUGACAGGGCAGAUUUAGCACCAUCGAGAAUCCAAGAUGAACUGAGAAAGCUGCUGUCCGCUGCACUGAGCAGAUGGUCUUAGCAAAGGUGUUUAGAAAAUAUGAUCUAUUUCACCACCUCUUCUUUACAGCAGAAAUUAGAAGGCUAGUCACAAUAAAUGUGGCAUUUGUGUGUGUGUGUGUGUGUGUGUGUGUGUGUGUGUGUGUGUGUACAUGUGUAUUUAGACCAUUGUGAAAAGUGUUAGCAGCAUUCUCAGAGAAUGGAACUUCAGAGACCGGCCAUAUUUGAUAACAUAUUUGUCCACUUCUGAUAGCAGGAAACUCAAAGAAUGACUCACCAGCUUUUCUGAUCUAACAUGCUCAAGUCUUCAUGGACAGAGACUACUUCCUUACGUGCGCGAUGGUACAGAGCUGGUAUCGUCUACUGCUUUACCACAGAGCAGUUUUCUUCUUGUGAAUAAAAAGAGCUCCUUAGACUGUGGCAGGGUGCGUAGACCUAAGCCAGGUGGCUUCCCAGUGCUGAGAGGGGAGAUGGACACAAGCCCGUCCCUCACCAAGAAGCUAUGUCCAGUUGGUAACCACCCACAAAGAAAAAUGAGUUUCUCCAAAGGAAUCCUACUGAAGAAUCAAACCAGACAGAGUCAGGCCCUAUCCCCAGUAGUUAAUAGCCAACAAAAUAUGAACUCAAUUGUAUUUUUAGAUUAUUUUUUGUCUGAUAUUGCUUUGUUUUCCAUUUUUUACCUUUUUUUUUUCUUAUGUGGUAUUGUUUCUGAUUUUGUGUUUUUAUUGGUUUUAUUUGUGUGUAUGUGUAUAUAUGUUUAUUUCUUUGUGCUGUUUUUGUUUGUUUUGUCUUUUUGUUUUGUUUGUUUUGUUUUAUUAAAUGAUGAAAAAGAAAGCAUGGAGUUGGAAGGAUGGGAAAAAUCUGGAGGACAAUUAAGGGAAACUGUGAUCAGAAUAUAUUAAAUGAGAAAUUAUUUUCAAGUUAAAAAAAGGCUCCUCUGCUCCCAUCAUUAUAUCUGCAAUCUAGAAGGAAAGAAAUGGAAGAGGGAAGGCAAGACAGGGUGAAGGCAGAAGUAGGAAGAAAUAAGGAAGAAACAUGCGCAGGAAGGGAAGGGAAGAGGCAUUCCCUUCCCUUCACAGACAUGGGCUGAUGCAGCACACUCCCUCCACUGCCAGAAUGGUGACCAGCCUGGACGAGACAGCACCAGGGAACCAUGAGGAAAGCUGAGAUUGCAGCCUCUGGCUGAUAACCAUCUCCCUAGCUGAGAAAGCCUGAUUACAGUGUAAGGAGAAGAAGAAAACACACGUACUGAGAGCCAGCCAGCAGCCUCAGCCCCACUAUUUGAAAAUUAGGUCCUGAGCUCUUCUGAAUCUAAAAAUCCACAAUUGUGUAAGACCACAAAUAUGGAAUCAGAAAAACUAAGGCAUGUCAUCAUUUGUAAAAGGAACAUUUUUUUUUUCAGAUUCCUGAAAUGGGAACGUAUUGUAUUAUUUCUGAACUACAUCCUUUGUUUUCAAUGUUGUUUCAAGGGUUCACUCUUGGUGACUUCUAUUUUUCUUCAGUGUGAAGACUGGCUACUCUGAACAUCUGUACAAGAACCUCAGGCUCCUGAGCCUCGAUUUCAUUCUGCUGCUGCUGCAGUCUUUAGUUUAUUUGCUUCUGUUUUUAAUUUUGUGAGUACAUACAUGUGGGUGCAGGUACCCAUGCCUAUGGUGUCAUCUACUUAUUCUCCAAUUUUUUUUUUUUUUUGGUAUUUUUGUUUGGGGCUAUGGAGUAGAAUGUUAAUUAGCUGCGCAGUAGGCCAGCAAGCUCCUGGGGUCCUGCUUUAUCCAACCUUCAGCACUAGGAUUACACACACCACUACCAUGCCCAACUACUUAGUUGGGUUCUGGGAAUCUAAACUCAGGUUUCCAUACUUGAAAGGCAAGUAUUCUACCCACUGAGCCAUCCCCUCGGCUGGCAUCUAUGUAAAAAUACACUUUGCAAACUAUAAAAUUCACCUUUCUAUUCUAGGUGAUUCAGUGAUUUAUUAUAUUCAUAACAUUGUACUGUAGUUACGAGUAGGAUUUAAUUCCAGAACAUCUGUAUGACCCCAAACCAAAAUGCUGUAUUUAUUUGUAGCCAUUUAUCCAAUAACCUCUACUUGGUCUUUGAUUUCAUUUUUGUGCCUGGAGUAAAACAGGGACCUAACUUCACUUUUGCAUAAAGAUAUCUAAGUCAAUUAAAUUAUACUUAGUUAUUCACCAAAUAUCUUUUGAAUUAUUUACUAUGUAAGAUACUAAUGUGACCAAUCCCAUUUUGUGAUUUUCAUAGUUUGUAAAGGAAAACAAAUAGGAUUAGAAAAAAGUGACUACCAUUGUCUAACACCAUUUUUGACCAACAUGAACCUUGUUAGUGCUACUGGUUUUCUUCGGUCUUUUGUGGUUUAACUGUCUCCACAGUAAGAAUACAGCACUGAUCAUCAACUGAGACUCAUUUCCAGGGUCUUACCUUUCUCAGAGUUUACCCAGGUUUGACUGGGUAGAGUGACAGAUGGGAAAGGGUAAAGACAUGAGCAUUGUGAAGAAAACUAUAAGGAUAGAGUUGUGGUUCACCUCUGUCAGGAUCUUUCAUGUGAUUUUUCUUAAAACAUAACACAAUUAGGCUUGUUCUAAAUGAUGGGGAAAUGUUUUAACAUGGAAAUUUUAAGUGAUAUUUAAUAUUCUCAAUUACAACAUUCAAGGUGUCUAUGUUGGUUAAUAUUGUCAACUUGAGAGGGUCUGCACUUACCUAGGGGACACUCCUCUUAGGCAUGUCUGUAGGGGAGUUUCCAGGUUGGGUUGAUUGAAGUGUAAUGCCCCACCCUAACUAUGUGUGGUUCUAUUCUAGUAGCUGGGGUUCAGGAUACAAUAAACUAGAGAUAGAACACUGCGUAUCAUCAUUCAUCUCCCUGUGUCCUGACUGAGGAUGUAAUGUGACCAGCAAGCCCAAGCUUCUCUUAUCACAACUUUCCUUCUAUGAUAUUCUGUAUUCUAAAACCGUAAGCAAAAAUACCCGCUAUCCUAUGCUGUUUCUGUCAGGGUAUUUUUCCCAGAAACAGAGAAUGUAUUACAGCAUGCUAACCUGUGGCAGACCAUAUCAAUAAAGUUGUUCUUGGCAAGUGUUUCUUAAAGUAAA